GCAGUUUCGAUAUAGAACUUGGGGCGCCUUUAACAGCGGUUGUAUGAAGAACCGGUAAGCUGUGAUUAUUUGGGAAUUUUUCAAUACAAGAAACUGCCCAAUUGAUAUUUGAUAGUUUUUAAAAGCUUUUGGACAAGGAAUUAUCAACAGACGUAUAGAAAGACAGAAACCAACGCAGAUUUUUUCGUAUCUGAUGAGCUCCUCCGUCGCACCGCUGGUGGUAAGAUGGCUGUGCAGUUGGAUGGAGGAGGGAAGGAGGACUUGAAAACACAGUUUGUCACGCGGGAAGGAACUUAUAAGCUAAUGACUUUGUCGGAGUAUUCAAGGCCAAAUAGGGUCGGUUACACGAAUAGUCAAGGAAGCGCAUCCGUUAGAGUGUCUUUUGUAACUUUACCGGAUCCAGCGGAUCCUACGGGUACGCAAGGACUUGGUGAUCGAAUGUGUUUCAACUUUGGCAAAGAGCUUUAUAUUUAUGUCUAUCGAGGAGUUAAAAAGGCUGUGGACUUAAAUAAACCAGUGGAUAAAAAAUUAUAUAAAGGAACUAAUCCAACUUGCCAUAAUUUUAAUCAAACAACAGCAACUGCAGACAGUGCACCAUUAUUAGUUGGUUUCUCUACAGGACAAAUUCAAUUGAUAGAUCCAAUAAAAAAAGAACUUAGCAAAUUAUAUAAUGAAGAUAGAUUAAUAGACAAAAGCAAAGUAACAUGUAUAAAAUGGGUUCCUGGAUCAAAUAAUCUGUUCUUAGUAUCACAUAGUUCUGGACAACUAUAUUUAUAUAAUGAAGAACUUUUAUGUGGUACAACAGCUCCUCAUUAUCAAUCUUUUAAAUCAGGAGAUGGUUAUGCCAUAUAUACUUGUAAAACAAAAUCCACAAGAAACCCUUUGUAUAGAUGGGUAAUAGGUGCAGAAGGAUGUUGUAUAAAUGAAUUUGCCUUUAGCCCAUGUGGUUCAAACUUAGCAGUUGUUUCCCAAGAUGGAUUCCUACGAGUAUUUCAAUAUAAUACAAUGGAGUUAGUGGGUUCAGCUAGAAGUUAUUUUGGUGGAUUUUUGUGUGUAUGUUGGUCUCCAGAUGGAAGAUAUGUUGUUGUGGGUGGUGAAGAUGAUCUUGUGACAAUUUGGAGUUUUCAUGAAAAAAGAGUGGUAGCUCGAGGUCAAGGCCAUCAUAGUUGGGUAAGCGUAGUAGCUUUUGAUCCUUAUACUACAUCUUAUGGAGAUCAUGAUCCAGACUUCAGUGGUUCAGAUGAUGAAACAUUACCACAUAAUAAUCAUAAUCACUAUCAUGAGAAGUCUAAUCGUUUAUCUACAACUUCACAAGGAAUUCAUUCAAACAGAAACUCUUGUGGUUCAGAAUUAAGAGUGUCAGGUGGUACAUGCUACAGGUUAGGUAGUGUGUCACAAGAUACUCAGUUGUGUUUGUGGGAUAUUACAGAAGAUGUGUUGAGACAACCAAUGUGUGCAAAGCAAAGGCCAUCUGCAGCAGGUUCUAGCAUUCUUCCUACAUCUGCAACAAUCAACAGUGGGAAUGGUUCAACACAAAAUCACCACUUGAACAAUUCUAAACAUAAUAAUUUGAAUAAUGUUAAUUGCAAAGAAAACGCGAGUGGUAAUAAUGAAAAUAGUAAUAAUAGCAUGAGUACAAAUACAGCAGUGUCAACUGUAAAUUCUUUGACACAAAGGUUAGCAGGGCUUGGCUUUGGUGAGCGUAAAGGUGAUAAUCAUAAAAGGAACUUUAGCCUCACUAUGAGAGGUAGUGGUGCAUCUAAUAGCACAAUAAUGCAAAACAGUGGUAGUGAUAAAACUACCACUAACUCAAAUACAAAUAGUAAUUUGAACAGUGUCAGUGGAAAUUUAGUAGGUCCAAAUAAGAAGGUUAGUUCUGUGAUGGACGAUCCUAUGAGGUUGAUAGGAACUGCCUGGUGCCCUAGGUUUGAUGAGUGCCCAGUGCUAGAACCACUGGUGUGCAAGAAGUUGGCACAUGAAAGAUUGACUGAAUUAGUGUUUAGGGAAGAUUGCUUUGUAACAGCGUGUCAAGAUGGAUAUGUCUACACAUGGGCAAGGCCUGGUCACAUGAUUAAUGUUCUGUACCAUGCUUUGGCUGAUGCAAGAGAAUCAUGGAUGAAUCUUCCCAGAAAUUAUCGCAUGCCUGGAAUAGGACAGGUUGGAAAUGCUCUUCACGUUGUCAGUCCUGCAGAAAGUGGAGGUACUAUAGUAUAGCCAGAACCAGAUAUUAAUACAUUUUCAAAGCACGAAGAAGAAUACAUCCCAUUAAUGCGUGCAUUACAAUCUUCAAAAAUGCAGUUUCAACCAUAUACCCAUUAUCGACAUCUAUAUUACGUAUGGCCAAGUGAAAAUUAUUCCAGUAUUGUUUAAAAAAAUAGAUAAUUCCAAAGCAUCUAAAAAUUGAUUGCUUAAAUUUUUUUUUUAAUACCAAUUGCCUUUCCUUUCCGAUUUUUUUUUAACACAAUAAAGAUGUUCAAAUUUCAUAAUAUUAUACAAAUUUUAUAAGAGAAUUCAGCGAAAGUAAUAAGUAAAUUGUGUGUACAUGUAUAUAUGUAUACAUAUGUAUGUUGCUCUUAUACACUGUACUAAAUCAUUCCAAUAAGAUCCUCUUAGAAAAAUAAAUUUAAAUUGAAUGGUGUUAAUACUAAAUGCUUAUGUAUAUAUAUAUAUUAUAUAUAUACAUAUUAUUAAAAAUUUUUAUAUUAUCAACAUUUAAUUUAAUUAUUUAAAAACAUGAUUUGAAAUAGUUUGCUUCUUAUGGAAGACAGAUUAACAAGCAGUGCAAUUAUUGUAAUCAGUCAGAGAAAUAUGUAAAUAUAAAAUAUUUUAAGUAUUAUUUUAAUUUGUUAUUAAAAAUUAUUGUUUUUAUUUCGAAUUAUAUUAUAUUCGAAAAAAAAUGAAUUAGAUAGUAUAUAAUACAAAGAGAAUUUAUAUUAUAUUAUUUUUUAAAAUUUAAUUACAACAAAUAUUAUUUUUUUACAUUGUUAAUUUUAAAAAAUAUUUACUGAAAAUAUGCUACAAUAUUUCUUCCUCAAUGUUUCUAUUUCACUUCUUGUUAACGCAAUUUAGAAAUAUAGCCGAAUUAUUGCUAACUAAAUUGCCUUAAUAAAAUUAUAAAUUAAAUAAAAGAAUUUUUUAUUUGUUCUAAAAUAUGAAUUUGUUCCCGAGAAACUUGUUCGCUUUAUUGGAAAUUUAUAGUGCAUCAUUGAUGUACAAUUAGUUAAAAAUUAUUAAAUAAUGUAAAAGACGACUUUAUAUCUGAGAGCUACAAAGCAUUAAUAAUAAAUAAUUAAUUAAAAACUAUAGAAUAUACUUGU